AUGGUUUGCCAAAUUGACACACGAAUUACUUCAUCAGGAUUCACUCAAAGCAAAAAUGAUUAUUCAUUAUUUGUUCAUAGAAUUACUGAUUCUAUCACUAUUGUAGCCAUCUACGUGGAUGACAUCAUUCUGACAUGUUAUAAUCCUCUUAUUAUUCAUCAAUUAAAGGCUCACCUUCAUCACAUCUUCAGCAUUAAAGAUUUGGGUACCUUGAGUUUCUUUCUAGGGAUUGAAGUGUCCUAUGUGGAUCAAGGUAUUAUAAUUAUGUCUCAAAAGAAAUUUACCUUGAAACUAAUUAGAGAUUCUGGCAUUCAGGUGAACAAAAGAGCUGUCACUCCCUUGCCUGUGCACCUUAAACUUCAACACUCUUAUUCUCCUCUCUUUUCUGACCCUACUCUAUAUCGUAGCUUGGCUCUCACUCACACACUCAGUUAUGUGGCUAAUACUGCAGGCCAAGGCAUCCUAUUGAAUGGUUCUGAUCAGCUUCAUCUCUAG